AUGGCUGCUCACAGGACUCCUGACAUUACUCUUUAUACUGCGCAGACCCCGAACGGUAUUAAGAUCUCCAUUGCGUUGGAAGAAUUAGGCCUCCCCUACAAAGUCAAGAAGCUCGAGUUCAGCAAAAAUGAGCAGAAAGAGCCAUGGUUCCUCGAAAUUAAUCCAAAUGGCCGUAUUCCUGCCAUAACUGAUACGUUUACCGAUGGCAAACAGAUCAGUAUCUUUGAGUCGGGAAGCAUCUUGCAAUACCUGGCUGAUAACUAUGAUACGGAGUACAAAAUCUCGUAUCCCCGGGGAACUCGAGAGUAUUAUGAGACAGCGAAUUGGCUUCACUUUCAAAUGGCUGGUGUUGGACCUAUGCAAGGCCAAGCAAACCACUUCACUCGCUACGCCCCGGAACACAUCGAAUACGGCAUCAACCGCUAUCAAAAUGAGACCCGCCGCUUGUACGGUGUCCUAGACAAGCACCUCUCGACCUCAAAGUCCGGCUAUUUAGUAGGCGACCAUAUCUCAAUCGCUGACAUCUCGCAUUGGGGUUGGAUUGCUGCUGCGGGCUGGGCCGGUAUCGAUAUUGAAGCGUUCCCACACCUUAAGGCCUGGGAGGAAAAGCUAGCGGCACGAGAGGGUGUAGAGAAAGGCAGACAUGUUCCGGAAAAGCAUACAGUCAAGGAGGUGCUCAAGGAUAAGGCUCUAGUUGCAGAGCAUAGCGCCUCGACGUUGCAGUGGGUUCAGAAGGGAAUGGCUGAUGAUGCCAAGAAGUGA